GGCACCCUGGUUUCUUCUUCCUCCUGGCUCCUCCUCAUCACCAUCAUCCCUCCUCUCUCCCACCAUCUGCAUCCAAGCGCUGGAUCCUGAAUUUGAACCAAGUUCAGAAACUGCCUCUGCUCUCAGGUGCAGCCGACAAUGCUGGCCUCCAAACCCAACAUCUCUGAAGGUUCCAAUUCCAACCACAAACAACCGUCUAGCCGCAGGGCGACGUUGGCGCCUCGAGUCAGCAGGCUAGCAAAGCCCGCGGGAGCGCCAAGCAAGCCGGCGGCGGACCGCGCGCCGUCCCCUCUGCACCAUGCCGCCGGCAUCCCCCUCGACAGGUCCUCGGCGUCCAUCGACCUGCCGGCAAAGCCAUCGGCCGCCGCAGCAGCAGCAGAACGCCGGUCCUUCAAGGCAUCGCCGGCGGCGGCAUCGUCCCGCGCCGCCGCUACCGACGUAAGACAAAUGCGACGCGAAACGGCCACCUGAUCGACGAUGCGUGCGUGUUUUACUAAUUAAUUUCUCGUACUAAUUAAUUUGCCACGUGUCCUGGUUGAUCAGAAGCAGCAGAGGAAUGCCAAGGCGUCGGAGCUCCAGGCGCAGCUGAGCCUCGUGCAGGAGGAGCUGAAGAGCGCGAGGGAGCGCCUAGCCUACGUGGACAAUGAGAGGGCACAGGUCCUCGAGGACAUGGCGCUCGCCCGGCGGCUCGCCGCCGACGCCUCCGGAAAGCUGGAGGAGUCGCUGGCGGCGCGGCGGAGGGCCGAGGAGGCGCUGGAGCUGGAGAGGUUCGAGUCCACGGAGCGCGAGCAGUCGGCCAUCGACGCCACCCGCAGGGUGGAGGACGAGUGGCGGCGCAAGUACGACAACAUCAAGAAACGCCACGCCGAGGACGUCGCCUCCCUCAUCGCCGCCACCAGGGAGCUCGACGGCGUAAGGGACGAGCUGGCGGCGACGGCCCUGGCGAGGAACUCGGCUCUGGGUCAGGCGGACGAGCUGCAGAGGAUCGCCAACGACAGCGCCAAGAGGGCGGAGGCCCUGACAGCCGAAGUGGCCCGGCUGAAAUCCCACCUCGACACCGAGCUCGAGGCCAGAGCGAAAGAAGCCGCGGAGACCAUAGAGAAGCUGGAAUCCGAAGCUGCCGCGCUGGGAGCGGAGCUCCGGACGGCGAGGGCGUUCGAGGAGAAGCUUGCCAAGGCGGAGGAGCUCGUGGAAGGGCUCAAGGUUGACCUCGCUUACGCCAAGAGCGCCGAGGCGGACGCCAGCCGGUCGGCGCAGGAGUGGAAGGCCAAGGCCGAGUCGCUGGAGACAAGGCUAGGAGAAAUCUCGCGGCUGAACAAACGCAACGAGGAGUCGCUGACGUCAUUGACCAACAGCUUCGAGGACUGCACGUCCAUGCUCCAGGAUAAGCAGUCUCAGGUGCUCCAGCUCAAGGAGAAGGUGGCGUCACUAGAGAAGGAAGCGAGUGAGCACAAGGAAGGGUUCCUCGAGACCAGCCGUCGUCUCGACGUCGCAACAAAGGAGGCGUCUGAGCUACAGGUGAUCAUUGAUAGGCUGAGGUCUGAACACCAGCUUCUACUCGAGGCACAUCAGCAAGUCGUUGUCGCUGAGUAUACAGCGAGUGCUCAGGCUGGUCAUCUUACUGAAGACAAGAGCAGGCUGCUCAAGGAGCUUGACGACACCAGGGAUGAAAGGGACAAGGUGAAGAAGGCUGUCGAAGACUUGGCAGUGGCGCUACGCGAAGUGUCAUCAGAGGCAAGAGAGGCCAAGGAGAGGGUCCUCGCAAAACAGGCAGAGCUCGACAAUGCACAGAUUCAGAUAUCAGAACUGAAGGCGACAAUGAAGAAUGCAGAGGACAGAUACAAGUUGAUGCAUGAUGAGUCCAACUACGAGGCUGCCUGCCUCAGGAAGGCGGUUGAGAAGAUGGGUUCAGAGGCCAGGAGCUCAAAGGAUGAAUGGAUCUCUAAAGAGGCCGGGUUCGUCGAUAUGCUCAAGAGAUCGGAUGACGGUAUGAGCUCUAUCCAGACAGAGAUGAACAGGCUGACAGAGUCUCUGAGAGUUGCGGAGAAGGAAGCGCAGGAGCUCAAGGCAGACAAAGCCCAGCUGCUCAACAAGCUCCAAGAAUUUGAAUUUCAGGCAAUGAACACUAGCUCAAGUGCUGAAGAAGCAAAGGCAGAGAGCUCACACCUCAAAGACCUGCUGUCCUUCAAGGACAAGGAGCUGCUUGCUCUGAAUCAUGAAGUCACCGAGCUGCGACUGAGAGAGCGAACCGCAUCGGAGAAGGUUACCGAGCUCUCGAAGCUGCUUGCAGAGGUGGCAGCGAGGAAAGCCGCGGAAGAAAACACUGACAAGUCCAAGGCCCAGAUCGCCAAGCUGGAAAUGGACAAGGUGCUCGAAUCAUUGAAAGCCGCUGAGUGUGAAGCCAAGGCGGCGAAGGACGAGAAGGCGCAGCUGCAGGGCAAGCUGAGGCUGCUCGAGUCCAAGAUCACCGAGGCCAACCUGACCUCGGAGGAGGCAAAGAUCAGCAGCCUGAGGUUCAAGGAGACGCUGGAAGACAAGGAGCACGAGCUCGCGAGCAUUGUCCACGAGAACACCGAGAUGCGGGCACGGGAAGCCGCUGCCAUUGCGAGAACCGACGAGCUCGCCGCGCUGCUCGCCGAGGCCACGGCCAGGAAAGGAGGGGAGCCAUUGAAUAAUGGGGCGGUCGCCAGGAGCCCGGAGAAGCAGCCGAGCGCGCUCCUGAAGCUGAUCUGCUCGCCCAUGCAUCAUCAUGGUGUCAGAGACGACGAGAACAAUGGCGAGAGCGUGGUCCAAAUGGAGGACAUCAAGCACGUGGAAGUGGAGACGGUCAGGCAGGUGAAGCAUGCGAAGGAGAUUAGCGUGUCAGCAGUGGACGCCACCUCCUUGGAGAACAGCAAGAUCAUCGAGGAUGACCUGUCCAAAGAGAGGGACGACGAUUCCGAGUCGAUCGACGACGACGAUGACGACGACGUUGAGUCACCGGGGGACGACGGGCUCGUGGAUCAGAUGAAUGGGCUGCUGAUCAGUGGCCCGACGUCGUCGUUCAACCAGGACCAGCACGUCCACAAGAAGAAGAAGGCGCUGCUGAGGAAGUUCGGGAGCCUGCUGAAGAAGAAAGCACACUUCACCAAAUUGAGCAGUCACUCCUAGCUGCCUGCCUGCCGUCCUAACUCGGCUCCUAAUCAGCGAAGGCCUUUCUUUUUUCAUAAUCAGCAUGUGAUUCAGGUUAAUGAUUUCUGAACAAUUUUUGCGGUUGUGAACAUAAUAGAAGGAGAUGAAGAAAGCUACUUGCAUCUCGACUACCCAUUACUCUAGUUUCUUCUGUACGCACUUAUUAUGCUGCACAUUCUUGAGCAAUUAUUCUUUGGUUGUUAAUGUCAACUCAAUUAUCAUCAGAG